AAAGUUACACUCAUUGAAGACGCCAGUGAAGAUGAAAGAAGAUUUGAACUUAGCCUUGAUGAAUCUUCAAGUAGCAAAGUAACUUUUCAAGCUCGAUCAAUGUUCGCCAAAGUGGCUUGGUUAAAGGAUAUUCGAGAUGCCCUAGGAAACUUAGGUAUCUUAUCAAAGAAGAGCUCAUCUCAGAAAAUUGCGAGUGAAACAAAUGAUUCAGCAAUCCAGUCACUGAACGCGUCAUCAUCUCAAUCUCUAUCAAUAUCUGAUGUCAAAAAGCAAACCCUCACAUACAAAGAUGAAAGUGAAUCGGAGCUGGCAAAAACAGACGGAGAGUCCUAUGAUAGCGAUAUUAGCAGUUAUUACACCGCACCUGAACAUGAGGGGAGCGAAGUUCUACCCGCAUUUGGAUAUAAGUGUAAAGAAAUUCUAGAGGGGAGUGAAGCUCAACUUGACUGUGUUGUAGGAAGAGUCUCUCCAUCUUCAGUUGCUUGGUACAAGGACAACAACUGUGUUAUAGAAAAAGAAGGAGUGAAGAUAUCAUUUAAAGAAGAAACCAGCAUCUUAUUACUUUCAGAAGCACAUGCAGUGGAUUCAGGACAGUAUACUGUAACAGUUUUUGAUUCAAAUAAAACAACUUCGAAAUCAACAAAAGUUGAACUUGUUGUAAAAGAUCCUAAUAAAACUGAACUGACAUACCAAGAAACCGAUUCCGACACAGCAACUGAGGACAUCAAUCUGCCUGAAGCAUUAACUGUCCAAGCAGAUUCUGAAUCAAAGUUUGACAAAAAGGCAAAAAAAAGUCUUGCUGAAUUAGAAGCCAAGAAAGAAGCUGAAAGCAUCCAAGCUGAAUUAGAAGCCAAGAAAGAAGCUGAAAGGAUCCAAGCUGAAUUAGAAGCCAAAAAAGAAGCUGAAAGUAUUCAAGCUGAAUCAGAAGCCAAAAAAGAAGCUGAAAGGAUCCAAGCUGAAUUAGAAGCCAAGAAAGAAGCUGAAAGUAUCCAAGCUGAAUUAGAAGCCAAAAAAGAAGCUGAAAGGAUCCAAGCUGAAUUAGAAGCCAAAAAAGAAGCUGAAAGGAUCCAAGCUGAAUUAGAAGCCAAAAAAGAAGCUGAAAGGAUCCAAGCUGAAUUAGAAGCCAAAAAAGAAGCUGAAAGGAUCCAAGCUGAAUUAGAAGCCAAGAAAGAAGCUGAAAGGAUCCAAGCUGAAUUAGAAGCCAAAAAAGAAGCUGAAAGGAUCCAAGCUGAAUUAGAAGCCAAAAAAGAAGCUGAAAGGAUCCAAGCUGAAUUAGAAGCCAAAAAAGAAGCUGAAAGGAUCCAAGCUGAAUUAGAAGCCAAAAAAGAAGCUGAAAGGAUCCAAGCUGAAUUAGAAGCCAAAAAAGAAGCUGAAAGGAUCCAAGCUGAAUUAGAAGCUAAAAAAGAAGCUGAAAGGAUCCAAGCUGAAUUAGAAGCCAAAAAAGAAGCAGAAAGGAUCCAAGCUGAAUUAGAAUCUAAAAAAGAAGCUGAAAGGAUCCAAGCUGAAUUAGAAGCGAAAAAAGAAGCUGAAAGGAUCCAAGCUGAAUUAGAAGCGAAAAAAGAAGCUGAAAGGAUCCAAGCUGAAUUAGAAGCUAAAAAAGAAGCUGAAAGGAUCCAAGCUGAAUUAGAAGCCAAAAAAGAAGCUGAAAGGAUCCAAGCUGAAUUAGAAGCUAAAAAAGAAGCUGAAAGGAUCCAAGCUGAAUUAGAAGCCAAAAAAGAAGCAGAAAGGAUCCAAGCUGAAUUAGAAUCUAAAAAAGAAGCUGAAAGGAUCCAAGCUGAAUUAGAAGCGAAAAAAGAAGCUGAAAGGAUCCAAGCUGAAUUAGAAGCGAAAAAAGAAGCUGAAAGGAUCCAAGCUGAAUUAGAAGCUAAAAAAGAAGCUGAAAGGAUCCAAGCUGAAUUAGAAGCUAAAAAAGAAGCUGAAAGGAUCCAAGCUGAAUUAGAAGCCAAAAAAGAAGCUGAAAGGAUCCAAGCUGAAUUAGAAGCCAAAAAAGAAGCUGAAAGGAUCCAAGCUGAAUUAGAAGCCAAAAAAGAAUCUGAAAGGAUCCAAGCUGAAUUAGAAGCCAAAAAAGAAGCUGAAAGGAUCCAAGCUGAAUUAGAAGCGAAAAAAGAAGCUGAAAGGAUCCAAGUUGAAUUAGAAGCGAAAAAAGAAGCUGAAAGGAUCCAAGCUGAAUUAGAAGCCAAAAAAGAAGCUGAAAGGAUCCAAGCUGAAUUAGAAGCCAAGAAAGAAGCUGAAAGAAUCCAAGCUGAAUUAGAAGCCAAAAAAGAAGCUGAAAGGAUCCAAGCUGAAUUAGAAGCCAAAAAAGAAGCUGAAAGGAUCCAAGCUGAAUUAGAAGCCAAAAAAGAAGCUGAAAGGAUCCAAGCUGAAUUAGAAUCUAAAAAAGAAGCUGAAAGGAUCCAAGCUGAAUUAGAAGCCAAAAAAGAAGCUGAAAGGAUCCAAGCUGAAUUAGAAUCUAAAAAAGAAGCUGAAAGGAUCCAAGCUGAAUUAGAAGCGAAAAAAGAAGCUGAAAGGAUCCAAGCUGAAUUAGAAGCCAAAAAAGAAGCUGAAAGGAUCCAAGCUGAAUUAGAAGCCAAAAAAGAAGCUGAAAGGAUCCAAGCUGAAUUAGAAGCCAAGAAAGAAGCUGAAAGGAUCCAAGCUGAAUUAGAAGCCAAAAAAGAAGCUGAAAGGAACCAAGCUGAAUUAGAAGCUAAAAAAGAAGCUGAAAGGAUCCAAGCUGAAUUAGAAGCCAAAAAAGAAGCUGAAAGUAUCCAAGCUGAAUUAGAAGCCAAAAAAGAAGCUGAAAGGAUCCAAGCUGAAUUAGAAGCGAAAAAAGAAGCUGAAAGGAUCCAAGCUGAAUUAGAAGCCAAAAAAGAAGCUGAAAGGAUCCAAGCUGAAUUAGAAGCCAAAAAAGAAGCUGAAAGGAUCCAAGCUGAAUUAGAAGCUAAAAAAGAAGCUGAAAGGAUUCAAACUGAAGUAGAAGCCAAAAAAGAAGCUGAAAGUAUCCAAGCUGAAUUAGAAGCCAAAAAAGAAGCUGAAAAGAUCCAAGCUGAAUUAGAAGCCAAAAAAGAAGCUGAAAGUAUCCAAGCUGAAUUAGAAGCCAAGAAAGAAGCUGAAAGGAUCCAAGCUGAAUUAGAAGCCAAGAAAGAAGCUGAAAGGAUUCAAGCUGAAUUAGAAGUGAAAAAAGAAGCUGAAAGGAUCCAAGCUGAAUUAGAAGCCAAGAAAGAAGCUGAAAGGAUCCAAGCUGAAUUAGAAGCCAAAAAAGAAGCUGAAAGGAUCCAAGCUGAAUUAGAAGCCAAAAAAGAAGCUGAAAGGAUCCAAGCUGAAUUAGAAGCCAAAAAAGAAGCUGAAAGGAUCCAAGCUGAAUUAGAAGCCAAAAGAGAAGCUGAAAGGUUCCAAGCUGAAUCAGAAGCCAAAAAAGAAGCUGAAAAAAUCCAAGCUGAAUUAGAAGCCAAGAAAGAAACUGAAAGGAUCCAAGCUGAAUUAGAAACUGACAGCAUCCAAGCUGAACUAGUUGCUCAGAAAGAAGCUGAUAGUCUAAAGUUAUAUGUCAAUUCCUCUCUUGGAAAUUGUUAUAGUUCUUCUAACUUACAAUCUAAACCACUUGAAUACAGUUUUGAAUCAACAGUUGAAGAGACAUCAGUGGUUAGAUCUUUACAGCUUGCUGGAGACUCAUGUAUAUUCAAUGAUUCAGUUCAUGAACAUUCUGAUCUUUUUGUUGAUACAGUAACAAAGCAUCAAAAAGAUAUUGUUAAAGCACACAAAUCUUCUAUCUUUGACAAAGACGUUAAGAAAUCUCCACACAUCUCUUGCACCAUGGAUGAUUGUGUGACAGAGUUAGGCCAGAUGGCACGUUUCGAUUGUCGUGUUUCUGCAUAUCCAGAUCCAGAAAUUACUUGGUUUAAAGAUGGGAAUAAAGUCACACCCUCUGCAAAGCAUGAAUUGGUGAGUUUCCACGAUGAUAUAUUUUCCUUGCUUAUAAAACAAGUACAAGAGGAAGACAGUGGGCGCUAUACCUGUUUGGCAAGAAAUGAAUAUGGAGAAGCAAAGUCUGAAGCACUUCUUAAUGUCCUUGAAAAGAUUGAGAAAAUCACAGAGGGUCAUGUGGCACCAUCUUUUAUUACCAAAUUUUAUGACAUUGAAGCUAUUGAGGGUGUCCCUGUAGAGUUUGUGUGUGUUAUAGAUGGUAACCCUGAGCCCUCUGUUACAUGGUUUUUGAAUGGCCAAGAAGUUGAGAGUAGUUCUGACAUUUUAACCAGGAGACAAGAAGACUCAGUAAUGCUUGCUUUUCGAUCUGUCCAAACUUGUAACUCUGGGGAAAUCAUUUGCAAACUGAAAAAUGAUUCUGGAGAGGUCAUGUGCAAAGCUAGGCUUAAGGUAAAAGAGGAUUUAAGCAAACGUGGUGAUCGCCCAUUGUUUCUAGAACAACCUUCAGAUACUGAAGUGUGCGAAGGAGAAUCUGUAACUUUUGAAUGUGUCAUCUCUGGUCUGCCAGAACCUGAUGUUACAUGGUUUUUUAAUGGACGUGAACUGCAUGAAUCUAAACGCCGAUCAAUUCGGCAUAAACCUGGACAGAAGUAUACCCUGACAAUCCAUGAGGUCAUUUCAGAAAAUGGAGGUGUUUACACCUGUAAGGCUGUCAAUCGUGUUGGUGAUGCAUCUUGUGCUGUGGAACUUUCAGUUAAAGAACUGCCAUUUGAACCAGCCAAAGAACAAUACACAGACAUGAGCUUCGAUAGUGCAAAGUAUGCUUUCCCACCAUCUUUUACACGACGUAUUCAGGACACAUUAAGUUUACCAGGUCGUUCCGCGCGACUUGAAGCUAUGAUUAUUGGCAUUCCUGAACCUGAAGUUGAAUGGCUUAAAGAUGGGCAGCUUGUGAAAUCAAGCCCCAAGUACAAAAUUGGUAGAGAAGGCCACACUACAAUUCUAGUUGUUGAAAACUGUGAAAACAUUGAUUCUGGAACUUAUACUUGUAAUAUUUACAAUGAUGCAGGCAAGGCAUCUUGCUCUGCACACCUCAAAGUAAAAGAGGAAAGAUCUCAACAGUCUGUUCCAAGAACUUUUAGACCCAUCAUUUCUGAUAAUUAUAGAGAUUCUUUAUCAUCUACACCAAGAUCAUCAGUUGCAAGAGAAAUACAACUAGAGGAAAAAAUACCUUCAAUGCCAUUUGAUAAGCCAGUUUUAUUGGACGUGAAGCCUAAUUCAGUCAAGUUAUCAUGGAUGCCAGCUCCUACAGCCAUGUUGCCAGACAAUGCUCAAAGAAUUACCUACACUAUAGAAGCUAGGGAGUUACCAAGUAAAAAUUGGGUCAGACUUGAUGGUAGCAUUGAUUCAACAACCUAUUAUGCUUACAACCUAAAACCAGAAAAGGAAUACAUGUUUAGGGUAAAAGCUGAUAACCGAUUUGGAACCAGUGAACCCACUUUGCCUUGCACUUUAAGAGCAAGAGAACAACCAAAACCUAGAGAAUCAGCAUUUAAUGAAGCUGAUUCAUAUGCCAGACCAAUACUACCAAAAACUAGACCAUACAUCUCAGAUAUUGGCAAAGAAACAAUACAACUGGGAUGGAAACCUGCUGAGAUUCCUUCUACCCACAGGGCAAUGUCCCUACCUCCUAUUUCCUACAGAAUAGAGGCCCAAAAACUACCCAGUGAAGAGUGGGUUCCAUUAGCUAGUCGUAUCAAAAGACCUAGUUUUUAUCUGUCAGACCUGGAGCCAGAUCGUGACUACAAUAUUAGAGUGAGAGCUCAAACCCCUUAUGGAGUCAGUCAACCAACUGAAGCUGUAUGGAUACCUCGUGCAAAAGUUUUCACUGGAGUGCCUGUGACUCGACCAACAAUCACUGAAAUAGAGGAAGGUACUGCACGUCUUCAGUGGAAUAGAGUAGAGAUUCCAGCUUUUGAUAACAAAGAUGAGCCACUACUGUACAUGAUUGAGAUGCAAGAGCCACCUUCCUACAGAUGGCGUGAGUUAGCUCGCCGUGUACCUUCUAACUACUAUAUUGUACGUGACCUUGAACCAGCGCAAGAUUAUCGCUUCCGUGUUCGUGCUGAAUCACAUGAUGGACUACUAAGUGAACCCAGUCCUGCUACAUCAGUUUUUAGAACUCUUGCCCUCACACACAGCCCUAUUGACAGACUAGAAAUUGAGGAAUAUGAUCCAGAAAUACAGAGUGCUAGAUUAUCUUGGAGACGUGUGGAAGUCCCUCCUUAUAGUGAUGCAGAAAACCCUCUUCUUUAUAUGAUUGAAUACAAAAAUCCUCAACUUGAAGGAUGGCGCCCCCUAGUUAGUGGAAUUCCUACUACACGCUAUAGAGUCCCUGAUAUUUCUCCUACAGAUGAUUACAGAUUUAGAGUUAGAGCACUAAGUCCUUAUGGUAUUAGCCCACCUUCAUAUCCAACUGGACUCUACAGACAUCUAAGUCCUUUGAGGCCUUUAGCACAAGAUCUUUACAUUAGUGAUCUUGAACCUUCAAGCAUUAGGCUGUCAUGGAGAUCAGCCUCAGUUCCUCCAAUCAAAUCUGGGGAGCCAAUCUCCUAUCAAAUUGAAGCUAUGGAAUACCCAAAAAGAGAGUGGCGUCCCAUAGCUUUGAAUGUGCAAGAUACCAACUACCAGUUGAGAGGAUUAAAAUCAUCAACUGAUUAUUCUUUUCGUGUGCGUGCACAAACUCCUUCAGGUCUAGCAGAUCCUACACCCCCUGUCACAUUAACAUCACUUCCAGUGAGACCCCGUCUUCCUGUGAGAGAACCCUUGAUUUCUGAAAUUGGCAAUGACUAUGUUAAGCUUCAGUGGAGACCAGCUGAGCUGCCUUACUAUUCUCGACAUACUACUCCAAUAACUUACACAGUGGACUACCAGGAAGUUCCAAAGUGUGCCUGGGUGAAAGCAGUUCAAGGAAUACCUGACACAUCAUAUACUGUUCGAGGUCUUCAUCAUGACAGAGAUUAUCGUUUUCGUGUUCGCCCUGAAACAGAGUAUGGUCCUGGAGAAUACAGUCUUCCUGUCCAUGUUCAUAGGCGCAUAGCGCCCUUACUGCCAAAAAAAGAACCUUUUCUCACAAAAGUAACACCAUCUUCUGCCAGUCUUUCUUGGUUACCUGCAUCAUUGUCUUCUGGGGUGCCAAGCAAACCCAUUGUCUACAAGAUAGAGGGCAGAGAGCCACCUAGUACUUUAUGGUAUGAAAUAACUAGUCGUUUGCCCGCGACAUCAUUCAACCUUCAGUUUUUGUAUCCUGAUCAAGACUACAUGUUUCGAGUUACUGCUGAUUAUGAUGGUGUAGAGAGUGAGCCUACAAUGUCAGUGUAUUUACCACGAAGAGCUGGUCCUCCUAAAAUGCCAAAAGAUGCUCCAUAUGUGUCCAGUGUUCAACCAGAAUCUGUCAUUCUUGUCUGGCGUUCUGUGGAACUUCCCAGCCGAAUCACUGACUAUUCUCCAGUUACAUACAGAAUUGAGAUUCAAGAACACCCUAGAUCUGAUUGGCGUCCUCUUGAAAGACAACUUAAUCAGACACAUUUUCAUGUGACAAAACUUCGACCAGAUUUAGAAUAUUCUUUUCGUGUUCGAGCAGAAAAUGAAUAUGGUGUCAGUGACCCUACUGAUUCUGUAGUAGUUAGAAAAAGAGCAGUACCUCCUGUAAUGCCUCAGCAUGAGCCUCUUCUGUCUGAUGUAAAAUCAGACUCAUUGAGACUUACAUGGCUGCCAGCAGAAGAACCAUCCUAUUUAACUGACAGUAUUCCUAUAACUUACACUGUACUUAUGCAGGAAGGUGGAGACACUUCUUGGCAGCCAAUAGCCAGGCGUGUAGCUGGCACAAGCUAUUAUGUAACAGGAUUGUCACCUGACUGUGAUUAUUCAUUUAGAGUUCAGGCUGAAAAUAAUUUUGGUACCAGUCUACCUAGUUUUUCAACACGCCUUCAUCGUCAAACAAAAGGUCCUAUUUACUCACCUGAGAUAGAAGAUGUGGAGGCUUCUGCAUUUCGACUUUCCUGGAAGCAGCCUCCUAUGUCUAAGAAAACAACUUAUUCAGUGGAGACUCUUGAGCCAUCAACCUGGAAAUGGCGACCUCUAGUUUCUCGAUUACCCCAUCCCAGUUAUCGAAUAACCAACAUUCAACCAGCAAAAGAUUAUGCAUUUAGAGUUAGAGCUGAAGUUGACUCUAUCAUCAGUGAACCUUCUUUACCCAUUUCAUUUUCAAGUCGAAGAGGAAAAACUGAAUCAAAUUUGAAAUCAUUGCCAACUGUACCAGUGGAACGACCAACACUUUCUGAUAUUUAUGAUGACUCAGUUCGUGUCAACUGGCAUACAACACCAUUUUAUGGCCAUGUUAUGAAAUUACCUCAAAGUUAUAGAUUGGAGGUAAAAGAACUACCAGAUGGCUACUGGCGAACCCUUGUAGCACACACUGAUCAGUGGAGUUAUGAAGUGACAGAUCUGAGACCCAAUCAAGACUAUGCCUUUAGAGUUAGGACAGUAACUCAAAGUGGAAUGUCUGAGCCCUCAUUGCCAGUAUACUUGUACAGAAAAGCUGCAACUCCCAAUUUUCCACUACCACCACCUGAAAUAUCUGAUGUUGGUGAUGAUUAUAUUGGCCUACGCUGGAAGCUUGUUGAUAUCCCUGCAUUUGAUGUAGAUGAGACUCCAUUAUCUUUUAUGAUAGAGGCUCAACGGCUACCAGAUUAUAACUGGCAACCUGUAGCUAGAGGGCUAACUGGAAUGUCACAUAAGGUAGCUGGUUUGGAUCCCAGUCAUGACUACAACUUUCGUUUGCGUGGUGAAACAUCACUAGGGGUGACACAACCUUCUCCCCCUACCCCACUGUACAGGCGACCCAUUCAAUCAGGAGUUCCUAUUGCUAAUGUGACUAUUGAUACAGUUCAUCCUUAUUCUGCUAAUCUUCAAUGGAAUCCAGUUUAUUCCCAUCCCUAUUCAACAUCAAAAGGUUUAAAGUAUACCAUUGAGGUUCAAGAGCCACCAAGCAAUGAAUGGUAUUUACUAGCCCAUGACAUUACCAAUACAAGCUAUGUUGUGCCAGAUCUAAGCCCAAGAAAAGACUACCUUUUCAGAAUCAAGGCCCAAAAAGGAUCAGGAGAAUACAGCCCACCAACUGCUCCUAUUCCAUUUUACAGAACUCCAACUUCUGCCAUAAACCAGAUCCCUGCUUUGACUUAUCCAACAGAAGAGUAUUUUCCUUUAAAUAGACCAUAUAUAGAAACACUCAUUCUUCGAGUUCCACCAAGGAUGUCUAUAGAAAAGCCAACAAUGACAGUAAUCACUCCAGAAAGUGUGCGAUUAACUUGGAAAGCUGCUCGAGUUCCAUCUUCCACCGCUUCCAUGUCACCUACAACUUAUAGGGUGGAGGUUCGUCAUGAAGACUCUUUUGAAUGGAUGGAGAAAGCUACACAUAUUUCAGGUCUUACAACAGAAAUAAAAGGGCUAAAUCCCCACAUAGACUAUGCAUUUAGAGUUAGAGCUGUUAAUGAUUUUGGCUGGAGUGAAUCUACAUUACCAGUUUUUCUCCAUAGACCUCAAG